AUGUUAUCUAAUGCAGUUCGACAGGAGCGUUCAUCUUAAUCUCGUGCGUAGUCAUUGGGUAGUCCAACUGGCCAUCAAGAUCUUCUCCUACUAUAUCAUGCCACUUUGCACUGCUCAGGCCAUGAUCUUCCUUCUUGCGACCUUCUUAGGAUCAAGACCAGGUUCAUCUGAAACCUUACCACGACACUUGAUGGCAGCCGGCUCAUUGGUUGAUGUAGUUUGCUCAACCCUGUCUUCGUUCUGCUGCUCUCCAGCCUUAUGGCUAUUCUAUUGUGGGCACCGUCAACCAGGCCAAAGUUCAGGAACUGCAGAAUCUCGCCAAGCAAUACUUCUUGCGGAACUCCGAAGUCUCGCGGCAUUCUUGUCGAUUGUUAUUCUCCAGUUACCGCGUGGGCUUCUCCUGAUAUUCUGGCCUAAUGAACCACUUGUGGAUGUAAUAUCGGCGGUCACUGGACCGGUGUAUUUCCUGGUGUACUUGCAGCUGGUGGCUCAGUUAUCGCCACUGCAGAGGACUGCAGUACCACCAGGGAACACAACCAGUACCAACAGCAGUACCACCGAGGACGAGGUCAUUAUCAUCUCGUCAAUCGGGGUUUCAACCUCCGCUCAAACCGAGGCUUCAGACAGGAAUGAUCCACGCCCGUCUUAAAGAUGGGCUUUCAUUCCAACUUCCAAAUCCCCCAUCAGUGCGGAUAAGAGUAUCGUAAAAUCUCGCAGCAACACGGUAAAGACAACGGAGGGAGUGGCAUGCAUCUUCCACUAGCUAUUUAUGCCGUGUCCCCCAUCAAAUGGUCAAUGUCUUUGCGAACUCCAACGAUUGCUCUUCCUUUGCUUCCGCCUGAGUGUAUUUCCGGGAUAAUUUAUUUCCA